AGAUAGUAGACAGAAAUGGCGGUGACGGCGGCGCGAGCAGCAUGAAGUGCUGAUGCAUUACAUGGAUCGAAACGCACGACUGACACCACAACGUUGGGAAAAUGACAAUGGCGUCGAAGUAGGACACCGUUUGUAACGGUCAUUUCACAGCUACAACACCUCCCCGGGAGAGUUUUCGUGUUGCCAGCGGAGGAGAGAGAGCACCUCACCGGGAGCAUGGCUGCUCACAGUAACCAGUACAUCUUCGGGGAAUUCACCCCUGAUGAGAUCAACCAGUUUUUUGUGACUCCACGAUGUUAUGUUGAGCUUCCUCCAUUCAAUGACAAAGUCCCAUGCGUCAGUCAGUCUUCUGGAAGUUACUGCACUCCUGCUGUACCUUAUAUUAUGGAGUCUAUGGGACUGCAGGUUUGCGCAGAAGACUAUCAACGCAUUGAGUUUGGUGUUGAUGAGGUGAUGGAUUCCAAGCCUAUUGGGGUGAAUGAUCCUUUGUACAAGGUUUCGAGCACCCUCAAUCCCCAGGCUCCAGAGUUCAUCCUGGGCUGCCAGUCGGCCCAGAAAGCCCAACAGACACUUCCUUCAGCAUCUGAUGACCCAGACGACACCCACUUCAACUCAUUGGAUGGCCCUGACUCCGAGGCCUCGGCCCUGGACAAUCACCAGUCAUGCCAGGACAUGGACGGACCUGGUAGCCUGGGACAACGUGAGAAGAAGAAAAAGAAAAAGCGACCGCCGGGGUAUUAUAACUACCUGGACCCGUCAACUGGCAACAGCAGCAGUGCAAUGGAUGGGACGGCUGUAACGGCACUGGUGAACGGACAUGCACUCGGUGGCCCACAUAACAGUGCUGAGGAUAUGGACAGUAAGGGAUUGACAGGGGCUGAACUUUCCACCCCUGGACCUGUCUCCACAGCAUCAUCAACAGCUGCUGUGAUUGCAGCCAAGUUUCCCCCCCCAUCCACUGCCAAUCAGAGGACUUGUGAUAGCCCUGAUGAUUCUUCUUUGGACUUUACAAGUGGAGCUGCCUCUUUAUCGGAUGGCAACAAUACAAAUUCCUCCUGUUCAUCCUCCUCUCAAAGCAGAGGGAUGACGGAAGGAGCCCGGACUGGAGAUCAGCAGCCAGAUCACUUAGCUACGCAAAGCCCCAAACUUUCAGAUACUCCACACAGCCCCCGCUCAAAGUCACCUCUUCCUCCUUCAACAGCUGUGGCCACCCCCCCUGUUGCCACUUCCAUUACGACUACUGAACUGGAGGGAGGGGAGGUAGCAGACAGUGGGGUGGCCAACGGGCUAGCAGAGCCUGAAACUCUCCUUAGUGCAGAUGGACACAAAGAAGACUGUGAGAGCAGGGAGCAGCUUCAGCUGGUCUCCCCAGACUCUGCUGCCCAGCCAGUAGUUGGAGACCAGGCCCAUUCGCCUGUGGUUCCAGCUGCUCCUCCUGCCAACCUCCCCAAGUCCUGGGCCAGCCUCUUCCACAACUCUAAGCCUCUUCCCGGGGGCCCCCAGGCCUUUGUGGAAGUAAAAAAUGUUGUAGAAGUUGUGGCUCCUGUCCCUGCCACACCAGAGCAGCCCGAGAAAGUCGGGGAGGUCAGAGAGGGCCCUGUCCAUGUAUCAGAGGAUCCCAUGGCCCCUAAACUUGCAGAACUUAUUGAGAAUGUGAAGUUGAUACAUAAACCAGUGUCUUUGCAGCCGAGAGGACUGAUCAACAAGGGAAACUGGUGCUAUAUCAAUGCUACCCUACAGGCCCUGAUCGCAUGCCCUCCCAUGUAUCACCUGAUGAAGUCCAUUCCUCUGCACGAUGAAACGCAGAGAUCAUGCACCUCCACUCCCAUGAUCGACAACUUUGUGAGGCUGGUGAAUGAGUUUAACAACAUGCCAGUGCCAUCGAAGGCCAAACAGCAAGUUGUCGGUGAUAAGGUUGUGAAAGACAUUCGGCCUGGUGUUCCCUUUGAACCGACUUACAUUUACAAACUCCUCACUCUCAUCAAGUCAAGUCUUUCUGAGAAGAUGCUGUGCUUUCAGGGCCGACAGGAAGAUGCAGAGGAGUAUCUUGGCUUCACUCUCAACGGACUGCACGAAGAGAUGCUGGCAUUGAAAAAACUUAUCUCACCUCAGGAAGAGAAAGCUUCAACACCCAAUGGGCCUGAGUCUCAUGCAGCGGUGGAGGAGGAUGUUGCUGAUAAGGACGAAGAGGGCAGUGAGGAUGAGUGGGAGCAAGUGGGUCCCCGAAACAAGACUUCCAUCACGCGCCAAGCUGACUUUGUCCGCACGCCCAUCACUGAUAUCUUUGGUGGUCACAUCAGAUCUGUGGUUUAUCAACAAAACUCUAAAGAGUCGGCCACUCUGCAGCCUUUCUUCACCCUGCAGCUCGACAUCCAGUCAGAGAAGAUCCGCACUGUGCAGGAGGCUCUGGAAACUUUGGUGGCACGGGAGUCGGUCCAGGGUUACACCUCUAAAACUAAGCAGGAGAUUGAGAUCAGUCGGAGAGUGACUCUGGAAGAGCUGCCUCCCGUGCUCGUCCUUCACCUGAAGAGAUUUGUGUUUGAAAAGACUGGAGGCUGCCAGAAACUCACCAAGAACAUCGAUUACCCCGUUGACCUGGAAAUCAGCAAAGAUCUCUUGUCCUCUGGAGUGCGGAGCAAAGUUUUGAAAGGCCAAAGAACUUACAGGCUCUUUGCAGUUGUCUAUCACCAUGGAAACAGUGCGACAGGCGGUCAUUACACCACGGAUGUCUUCCAUAUUGGUCUGAACGGCUGGCUGCGCAUUGACGACCAGACGGUCAAGAUCAUCAACCAGUACCAGGUGGUGAAGCAGACUGCAGAGCGCACUGCCUACCUGCUGUACUACCGCCGCAUCGACCUGCUGUAGACACACAACACACACAACACACACACACACACUCAGUACCCCAGUAUAUUGACAAACACACACACACACACACACACACACAGUACACUUACACCAAACUAACGAACAGGAACACUGCCCAACUUGUCCUCAUGCAAGAUUUUCCUCUUCUUCCUUCUGUCCCUGCUUUCCUGAGAACCAGCUUUUCCAGCUCCCCCUUUCCUCGCCUUCUUUUUCUUUUUGGAGGAAGAGAAACGAGCUGCGUUCACAGAGAUUUCCCUGUGACUGCGCUCUUCUCCGUGCACCACUGCUGUUUGGUUUUUUGUUCCUUUUCCGUUUUUGUUUUUCUUCUAAAGCAGCAAAGGGAGGACUGAUGAAAAGACUGAACUUGAGCUUCAGUUACACGUUAGGACCUGAGACUCGCCUGACUGGGCCCAGAAACUUGGCUCAGAUAGCAAACAGUGGACUCACUCGAGGCUGCAAGUGGACUGCUGGGUAAUUCUUCUUGUUUGAAUUACCUUUUUUAAGGAAAUGACCUAGAAAAAAAUCAGUGUUUGCCUUUAAAUAAAGGAGAACUGUUGGCCUGAAGAAUUUGCCGCAGUUUAAAAGCCUAUUUUAAUUUGCCCGAGUGCAUUGAAAAAGGCUCCGGCACCAGCAUUAUCAUGAGCCUCUCUCUCCAAGGCCAGAUUGUCUUCUUCGCUGCCACCAACACCAACAAGUCCUCCUCCUCCUCCUCGUCCUCCUCCUCCUCCUCCAUUUCCUCACUUUUACGACGCUUUUAAAUCGAGGUACUUGAGCCAUCAUAAACACGGGGAAAAGGAAGGUGGUUCACACGAUGGGAAAUGAAAAGCUUCCUCUGAGAGUUCCUUGUUAUGGUUAUCUGGGUUUAGGUUUAGAAAGACUUACAAAAAAUAUAUCUAUUAAUGCUCUUUAGGGUUUAAUAAAUAAGCUUCUGUGCACAAAGUUUAAACUGAUUGAUGAUGAAAUGACAGGCAAAUGCAUAUUUUGCAAAUAUUUAGAUUAAAAUGUUGGGAAAAAAAACACAAAAAAACAAAAACUAAAAAUCUAAAAUCUAGCUGACUGAGAACUUGUUUGAAUCCUGAAAGACUGCACUAGUUUUUAGACUCAGUUCCUGCACUGGAGAGAUGGCAACCAAUCAGAUUCCACUGCAAAACCUGCCCUCGUUUACUCUGUACAUUUCCUUCUCUGUGGUUUCUGUUGUUUUUGUUCUCGUCUGAAGGUUCCACCUGUGUAAAGGUGGCUUAUCAGUGUAGUUCUGAGCCACUUCACCCCUCUAACCUCCGACUCAGCAGGAAGCAGGGCCGGCCUUAGGUUCAGCAUGUGUUUUUCCCACUCGGUGUUCGAGUCUAACCCUAAUCAGACAGCAGCAGCUAAUGGUUUGUGUGUGUGUGUGUGUGUGUGUGUGAAGAGCGAGGAGAGCGUUCCCGACACCUUCGUCUUUGACUCUUUUGUUGCAAAGCGUUUCCUGGUCGAGGGGAAACGAGGGGACGACAUCUGUGCUGCUCUGCUCGGCAGAAAAACCCUGGACACGUGCACACAAAGAGAUGGUGUUUGCUUUUGUUGAAGAUAUUGAUUUUUGGAUCUUUCAUUGAUGACAAUGAUUUCUUUUCUUUUUUUUUUGUUUGAGUUACUAAAAGUUGUCUCUUUUCUUUUUGUCAUUGAUCAUUUAUUGGAUGUCUCCUUGCUCUUGCUCCUUUCAGAAGAAUACGCUUGCAUUUGAAUUGGUGUUUGAAAAGAAAUUACACAGGCUAAAGCACAACAAUGAAUAAAAUUGAUACAGUUCUUUGCUUGA